AAAAAAUGUCAACAAAUUCGUUUCAACUCAGCUACUGCUUUUGUUACCUUCUCCCAGUGCCCUCUUAUGCCUGGCCGAAUUAUCGAAUUACUUAGGUUUAAAUUGGAUAAUAGGCGUAACGCCAUAGUCAUUUCGGGCUUCUCUGCUGGGAGAGAAGCGCAUCAAGAGGGAGGGUUCCACACCCAUAUUCUUAUGAAAUUUGAAAAGAAAAUUAAUGUAAAUGAUGCUAAUUUUAUGGAUGUGGAAGAUGAGGAUUGGUCUAUCAUCCCAAUACUCAGAAGGUACAAAAUUUUAAAAUUAUGUGAGGAAAGAGUAUCAAGAAAAUAUAGAGCAGGCUAAGGAAGCUGGCUUCCUUAUUGAAU